UGUAAUGAUGGCUGUGGUAUCUGCGACCUCUAACGGUCUGGUUGAAAAUACAACAGAAACAAAAGAGAACAAAAAGGGAUGGUUAUCAAAGCGUACACAUUUCACGUAUCUUUGGAAGCCUGCGUGGUUUGAGGUGACAGAAACAAAACUCUUGUAUGGUGAAAAUGAAGAGGGUCCCCGGAAGACUAUUAACCUCAUAGGUGCGGAGGUAGAGGUGUCGGAGGGAGACGGUGCUUUCGGCUGGACAAUUACCCCGAAAGACAGCAGACGGACCUUCUUCCUGCGGGCUAGCAGUGAAGCGGAACAACAGGGUUGGAUGCUUGCAAUAUGCGAAGCUCAGCUAAACUCGAGAGAACAUGCCUCAAAUGCUUGCGUGGUGCAGUAGCUGGUGGAUGGGCAAUACUCACUUCGCACUAUUUCUGUGCUUCAGUUUUUCUGAUCGGGAUAGUUUUGCACACCGCUACAUUUUCCCCUUCCCCGGUACGUUUUUAUUGGGUCAUGCAUAAAACAGAGACAUCAAAUGUCAAUAUUUUCUAUUUUUAUGAAUGGCGAGCAAAACACAGUAUUUGUACGUCUAGUUUACAAGUUUUGAUAAGUAAAAUUAGUCAUUUUUACGAUAUAUUUUAUAGGCCUACUCAGGGAAACGUAAAUUAUAAUUUGUGGAGUAAUUUCUUUUAGUGGUCUUUGCUUUCGUUAUUUUCCAUAGAAAAACUGUAUUCAAACUGAUGGCGCCAUCAUUAAUGUUUUUAACCGCCAAACAUGUUUCUUGUUUCGUUUGCUAGACCCUUCAGAGGUCAGUGCACACAACACUGAUAUAAUUGUAUGCAUAAUUAGGCCGUCUGCCAGUCAGACCAAAUGCAUGGAAAUUGGAACGAAAUAUGGGCAGAAUAGGCUAGUUUUAAAGAAAGAAAAAAAGCUCAGGUUUAAAUAUCUGUUGUCUUUUGAAUAUAUUGUUUUGCAAAACAUUUUCCCAAAUGAAAUGGGUUGUACAGACCCAAUCCUUUUAUUACCAGCCACACACAUAAUCACACUAUUAAGAGACCAGGCCUGUAAAUAUUGACAAUUGCCAUGGUAUGUAUGGUGCCUCCCAGAGAUGUCCUGGUUUGGACCGGAUGGAUUGUAGUAAUAUGUAAAUCUUUUAAUUUGGUGGAAAUGAAAAGGUCCUCAAAACAAGAACACGAAAGUAAAUGGACAUUAAUAAAUUGACGUAGAAUAAUUAAAGGGAUGGAGGUGUCAAAACACAAAUUAAAUGAAAUUACCUGAACAUAAGUGCUCAGACAGAACUAUUUCUAUUGGAAAAUAGCCUGUUGUUUGCUUUCAGUUCUGCAGCAUCCCUCUAUAUGGUCAAGAUUUCCACAGCCAGGUCAGACGUUUACACUGUCAGAAAAAAUGCAAGAAUUGCACCUAUGGGGGUUCAGUGGCUUGUAACUGGGACAGUACCCUCAAGGAAAUACCCAUUGUACCCUUUACCCUUUUAGAUUAGUGUUCUAAGGUACAAAUAAGGCCAAGUGAUUAAAAAUUAGUGGUAAUUGUACCUUAGCAAACAAAAACGGGCCCCUACCGUACCCCCUUUUUCUGACAGAGUACUGCAGGACAUGGAGUACCUUCCAGGAGUCAUAGGGUAGCUUGCUGAUAAGAGAGGCAGUGGUUGAAUGUGCUUUUCUCGGCUACAAUAAGCCUUCCUUUUAAUUUGCAGUCUAGUUGAUUUCCUGCUAAUUUGGUUUAAGGAAUAGCAUGCUUAAGAAUGGACAUGCCUCAGUUCAAAUUGAGCUGAAGAGUUCUCCAUGAGACAUGUAUAUAUUCUUAAGAAAGUACGGGGCAGUACAAUAAUAUAGUCCCAGUAAUAACUUAUGAAGAAAGGCAUGUUUGCUUUGUGGGUUUUAGACCAACAGGUCACAGGGGGAAAUUAGUUUAAGGUUUAUUUCAAACUGACUGGAAGCACAUUCACUCAAGGUGUUCAUUACCAGACACAGUCGUAGCUGCACUGGAGACAACAGAGUAAUGCCAAAGAUGCUGAUACAUUUGUGUGUUCGUUGAUUCUGGGUUACCUUGUGCACACUGGUGUUUAUUCCACCUGAAACCAUUCACUUAUCUCAGUCCUGCUCUAGAGGAGGACAUCAGUUUGACAGAAUGGUGCUGAAGCUUUUUGAAAUGAGUUCUGUUAUAUAUGCCCUGUGUAUUGCUCUGCUCAAGCAAGGUGAUACAUCGGACCAUAACAACAAACGUCCUGACAAUGUGUGCACAAGAUCACAUCCCUUCAAAGUACAUAAGCCAUUCAUAUGUAAAGCCUAAAACAAAAAUUGCUCCGCUCAUUUCGUCAUUUAGACACCCUCCGUUGUAACACGCCUAUUUUAAUGACACAGAGCUGCAGUGUCCUUUUUUGUGAUGUUGCGUCUAUUUUUCAGCCAAUAAGAUUUUGGCAGAUUACAGGAGCUUUCAGGUCACUGAUGGGCUAUAAAUCAAAAUGAGUGUCAUUUCAGGUUUUAUUGCGCCUCUCUGCGACAACCUUGGAAAGUUUCAGCCAAAGCCUUGUCGUCCUGUAAGUUCGCCGUACUGAAGUGAAACUUGUUUUAAAAAGUAACAAAGAGUUCCUGUUCUCCUCAUACAGUGAUGGGAAAUGCGCGUGUGUGCGAUGCCAGGGUAUCUCCGGCCUGUGACAUUAUAACAACACAAGUCAUGUGGGGGCUGAAAGUGAUGAAUGUGUGAAAUUUGAAGUAGAUCUGAUCUGAAAAGAAGAA